AUGCUCAGAAAUCUACCGUUGGAUAUCAUUGAUUUGAUUAUUCCCGGGGUCUACUCGGAAUAUGCACCGUUGAACUACACAAGUCUUAAAUGGAUCCAGUCAUUACCAUUAAACCAAAGACUUUGUUGUCUUGCCAGAAAUGUACUUCAAUUUGAAACUGCAAUUCAACCAGCAAGACAAAUGCCUGAAGAUGAACAACCUUGGCUAUGGCCACAGCACGAAAAAGGUUGUUGCAAGUGCUGCGGAGAAGCUUCAAAGGGGUUUAAAGCUUUUAUUUAUUUUGGCAACAGGGAUGAAACCCCUGCAGAUGCCAAAGCAGGACACCUCUUUUUUGAAGGAAACGAGUUGCUUGCUUAUUUUUCAAAUAGCAAAUGUAAACUAGAGUUUUCACAUGCAAUUGCGUUGCAAUUUUGGGAUACAUAUCAAUACGAUCGUGCUAGUAUGUUUCUUGUGCUUGCACCAUUCACGCAAAUGAUACCUCGCGAGAAUUUCCUUGUAUUGCGUGAAGUUAAUUUUGAUAGAAUUGAUAUGUUUCAAGUGAGGCUCUUCCAUUCCAGCUUGAGCAAGAUGUAUUCUGUCCUUCUCAAGGAUAUGCGUGAUAGGUGCUACAGCUGCUUCAAUGGUGUACAUAUAACAUUGCUGUCAAAAACUAUGAAAAAUUAUAGUAAAAAGAUUAGCAAACCUAUUACCAUCACGCAUCAUUGUCAUUUGGUGAUCAACGAUUUGAAAAAUAUCUACAAAAAACUGCUACAAGGAGACCAAGAGGAAAGUUACAAUCAUCUAACUCUGCAACAAUUUCAAACUCAAUGGAUCUCCAACUCUUUUGAUCUCAAAUCAACCAAAUUUUUCUCACUUUAUGCCGGGGAAGUGUACAAAGGCAUCGAUUCUGAACAAAGUUUUGCGCAGAUGUUUGGCAACCUCUCUGCCAUGGCAAUGAAUAUCGAUGACGUUGACAUUACAAAACUAGUCGAGCUGUCUCCACAAACAAUGGAAAGGUUUGAGUUUUGGAUCCCCAUACAAGAUGUAGGCGACGAGGGUUCGGAUACACGUAAAUGUUAUGAGCAAAGUCUACUUGAUGUAAUAAAAAAGGACAAAAAAGAUGUCUUUAGAGUUGCAUUUCCCGAGUCAUACGAAAGUAGAAUCCGAAUCCUGAUUUUAGCAUAG